GUCCUCAAAGGGCUUCCGUACGUCUUGUUUUCCCAGUCACGUGACACGUUAACACGUGCUUGGCCAGUGUUUACGAGAAGUGAUGACGGGUAGCGGACUGUAGUCCUGAAGCAGCGAAUGACUUGAGGGGUUUUAGAAAGGGGUUUGAUUUUAGCUUGCGGAGUGAUUACUUAAUCUCUACAGAAAUUAGUGAUGUUGCGAUGGCUCCUUGGGGGACGAGAAGCACAAGGGCCAGCCGAGAAGACAUCAUUGCUGUUCAUUGGGGAAGAACAACCAAAGAAUUGUUAUACAGAACUGCAGGUGCUAAAAGGGCACUUUGACAUAGUUCGAUUUCUGGUGCAGAUUGAUGAUUUCAGGUUUGCAUCUGCUGGUGAUGAUGGACUUGUUUUUGUAUGGAAUAUCCAGACAGGGGAAAGGCUUCAUGAACUCAGAGGCCAUACUCAGCAGAUCACAGCAAUUACUGGCUUCAAGAUGAAAACUGCAGACAUAUGGUGUUCCAUGCUUUUGACUGCCUCCUCGGACAGGACUAUCAGUCUAUGGGAUGUUGACAAUGGAAACCGAGUACACACUGUCUCAGAACUUCAGUCUUCAGUAAAAUGUCUUCAUGCCUUGGAAAGGCUUGAUUUAUGGCUUUCUGGAGGAAAUGAUUUGUGCGUCUGGAACAGGAAUUUUGAGCUUCUUUGUAAGAUGGAACCUUUUGCUGAUGCAGGAAUUACAACCUUUAUAGAGCUACCAAAGAACUGCAUUGUUGCUGCUGUGGAUAAAGAACUUAUUAUUUACAGACUGACUCUGUCAACAUGUGAUGAACAGAAGUGGGAUAUUCAGGAGAUCAGAAGACUGAGGGACCAUCAAGACAGCAUUCGGGCUCUGAUCAAUGUAAAUGACUGGGCUUUUGCAAGUGGCUCACACAUUGGUGAAAUAAUCAUCUGGGAUUCUUUGAGUUGGACGGUUAUUGCAAAUACACGUGUUUUUGCUGAAACAGCAAAUGCAAAUGAACAGCCAGAAAUAAAAAUAACACCAUUCAAACAACAGGAAAUGUCUAUACAGCAUUUAGCAUCUGAUGGGGAAUAUGUUGUGGCUGCUGUUGGAAAUGGCAUAUACCUCUAUAACCUUUUGACAAGAAAUGUGACUGCAUAUAAGAAGAAUGCCCAUGAUUCAAAUGUCCUACAGAUUUUAAAAUUUUCAGAAAAGCACCUAAUUUCCUGUUCUGAAGAUGGAAGUGUUCGUAUGUGGGAGCUUCAAGACCUUCCUCUCGCUGCAGAGCCAGCAUCCUCAGGAUUCUUUGGUAUGUGGGGGUUUGGAAGACCAACCAAGCCGACCAGCCAGCACUUGAAAAAGACACCAGAGUCUGCACCCCAACGCACUUUAGAGCUUAUGGGAGACCUUAUUGGACACUCUGGUGCUGUGCAGAUGUUCCUGUAUUUCAAAGACAAUGGCUUAGUGACUUGCUCUGCUGAUAAUCUCAUCAUUCUGUGGAAGGAUGGAGCCAGAGAGUCCAGAUUGAGAAGCAUCGCCUUGUUUCAGAAAUUGGAGCAAAACAGCAGAAUGUAACAAAUAUUGCAUAAAAAAUAGAAAAUCAGGUGCCCUUCACCUUUGGAAUCAAAUGUGUGUUUUGCUUUCAUUUGAAUGUAUCUUGCAAAGCAUGCAUAUUCCUUCACCAUCAUUUUGAUAUUGUUCUUAUUUUCCUCACAAUGUAAAAGUAGACUGGCAGUUUUUUUAAUUGUAUUGUUUUCAUAUGUAGCUUGUGUGUCCUGGGCAAAAUUUUUGUCUACACAAUUUUUACAUGUGUCUUUUCAAACCUUUCCACUUUUUUAUUGUCCUGUCAGUUGUUGCAAGUUGAGAAGGCCUUUUAGCAGAUGCCAUCCUUAUUGACAUCUCAGAAAAUUAAAGAAAGCCAAAAAGUUCUUGAAAUUGAAUUUGUCUUAUUCAAUUUUUUUGUUUUCAAAUAAAGGUUUUAACACCUGUUGAGUGUGGACUUGUGAUAACAGAAAAUAUAAUAUAUAGAACACUGCACAAAUCUGCCAAUCCCAUUACAAUACGUAGACACACUUAUAUGUAUAUUUGUAUUUAUAUAUGCAUGUGCCCUAUAUGUGUGUGUGUGUAUAUAUAUAUAUAUAUAUAUAUAUAUAUAUAUAUAUAUAUAUAUAUAUAUAUAUAUAAAACAAACUAAGUAUAACAGGACACUUGUGAAAAUUGAUGCCUGUAUGGUACAGUUGCGUGGCAGGUCUCAUUUUUUUUAGUAUUGCAUGUUUUACGUAUCGAGUAUGUGUGUGAUAUUCAACUAGUAAAAGUUUCUUUCAUUGUAAAAUUAUUUAUUCUACCAACUUUGAAAUUCAAGGUUCUUUUAAAAAAAAUAAACAGUUGUUGGAAGUAAUAAAGGUGUUUGAAUACUGAA